UAAUAACAUAGCAAAGUGAAAUGACCAACAAAUAAGUGCCGAUAAGAAUUAUCUAGCCGCGAUAUUCAGACUUAUCGCACAGUACCUUACUCGGUGCGCGUGAAAAAUGCUCGUACACAUACUACUCCUCGCGUUUAUAGCACAAGUGAAAACCACGUCGAUUUGUGAUCGGAAGUCGUGCGUGUGUUGGGUGAAAAAUGUUCAGAACGAAGACUACCAAGGUGAAAAUGUCCAGUGCUCGUACGUUGAGAAGGAUAUCCUCAAAGGUGACUACGAACUUCCCGAUAUAGUGAACUCACUGGAUUUAGCCUCGAAUAAAAUAGAAACAGUGCACUCAUCCCACCUGUUAGACUCAACAACUUUGAUAGAGUUAUUGUUGAAUGAUAACGCUAUAACAAAAGUGGAUGUCAACAGUUUCCAGUUACCUGAACUCAAGAGGUUAGAUCUGAGUAACAAUCAACUGGAAUUAAUAGAUGAGGAAGUGUUCAGUAAUAUGAGGAAGUUGGAAUAUCUAAACCUGGCUAACAAUAGAUUCACAACGUUUACCAAAAUGAAUUUCCAUCAUUUGAGCAGUUUAAACGAUAUUGUUUUGGAUAACAACAACAUUGGGCCCAGUUUGAAAGACUCGAACCUGUUCGACAGAAGUGGUUCAGGGUUGACAAACAAGAUCAAGAGUCUCAGCAUCAGUGGGAUUAACCUCAACACCGUCCCAGACAACUUCUUCGUUGAUGCCUACGAUAUCAGUUCCCUGAUUAUCUCAAACAACAAUAUUACCAGUGUUUUCGAAAUACCAUUUACACUAAAACACCUAGAUUUAUCAGAUAAUCCUAUAAAAGAAAUAUCUGCUGAAGACUUUACUGACUUAAUAGCACUACAAGAGUUGAAUUUGGACAAUCUUCUUAUAAAGGAAAUUCCUGAUUACAUAUUUGAACAUUUACCUUCGUUGAGAAAACUUACUUUGGAACGAAAUAACAAUUUAGCUAAUUUUAGUAAGUUAGCAUUCGGUCGGGAAGUGUUGGACGAUCCUGCUGAGUUUAAAUUGGAGAGUCUUUCAUUGAAAGGGUCAAGAUUAACUCGACUGGACGAGGCCCUGGCUGUGCCUCUUGGAGAAUUGACAGAGCUGGACUUGCAGGGCAACCCGUGGCGAUGCGAUUGUGACUUCGUUUGGGUGAAAACAUUACAGCUAUCUGAUCAAUAUACACAGCAUUUGAGAUGCGAUAAGCCAACGACGCUAUUCAACGCGAAAAUAUUCGAUCUAAAAGAGAAAUACUUUACCUGCGAGAGCAGAAACCGCGGCUUUGAGAUCGCCAUAGUGGUGAUAUGUGCUACCUUAGGGUUUGUAGCCAUAUGGGUCUUCCUCUGCCUACCUACAAGAAAAACUGGAUGUGGCCUCUUCAAGAACAUGUACGGGCCUUCAACAGCGUACAGUAUAUUGCCUAUGGCAGCCAGUUUUCAUAACGACGUCGACAGAUAAGUGGUAAUCAUGUGAUCAUUUUUGUUUUAGAGCCAAAAGACCUUACAGAAAACUUAUGGAGAAAAUUUGAAUUUGAUGUUUUCGUUCCUUGAGAAAGUUUAAGUGUUUUGUAUUGUUUUUUUUUUGUUGUGCGUUACAAAUACAAAACCUAAGUCAAAAUUUGCCCUGAAGUGCCAUACUGAAUUCGUCAGUGUCAAUGGGGAUCUAGAGCCAAAUAUACAUUUAAGACACCUAUGAGUGGUUCUUAUAUACGAUCGUUAGUCAUUUGAAUGCAAAACUGAGGUAAGAAUGAUAUACAAAAAGCAAAGUCUUGAAUCAAUUAUCGAACGAUUUUGCAACUUUGAUAACUCCUGUUUUACUUUCUCAAUCUAGAUGAAUUGCUGAAUUAAAUAGUUCAAUUCAUAUGCAUAUCGUAUUCUACUGCCAUUAUAACUAGGCUGUAGUCUUAAUACCUUAGACUUGCAGAAUGAAAGCAAAAGACCGCAUUACACAGAAAGCAGUUGUGCUUCUCUUUCACACCUACUACAGUCUUAGUUUGAGUGGCCUGAAAGCCAAACUGUAUACUAAAGUUUUUUUAUACAAAACUGGCUUGUGAUUUUCUUAUAAUGUGUGAUAUUUAGCAAUAAAAAUAGAUAGGUAUAAGCGUAUUGUGAUAAAUUUGUUACUUUA